AUGCUUGUUUUGAUGAUUACGAAUUUCGGUAUACUGGUGAAGCUCAUCUUGUACCGCAGUGAAGACUGCGCCAACGAGCUUAAGAGCCACUAUGACCAGCGCGAAUACAUAGAGGAGCUCUUGUACCUAUACGCAGGUACUUUACCUGUGAUAGGUAAUCAUAUGCUGCGCCAGUUGGAUCAGAAGUUUGCAAAGGUCGAAGAAUCGAUCCAGAGGCUGCAUGCGAAGUUUGCAAAGUUCGACGGUGGUGUACAAGAUUUGGAGGAUCUCACCAACCAAGAUCGAAUAGAUGAGGCUAUGGCACGCUGA